CUAACCUAAAUAAAAUAUUAUUUUAUAAUGUUUUGGAAUGGCUUUUUAAUUUUUUGUAAUAUUUAUCGUUUAAAUUACUGCAUAUUAUUUUAAGCAAAAUUGUUUCUAUUGAUUUCCAUUAAAGAAUCCGAAAAUCCAAGCGUUAAGAUGUUACAAGUCGUUUUUGUGUUAUUCACUGUUUUUACACUAGGAAAAUGUGUAAAUAAUUCUGUCGAUUGUACAACCCUCAGGAUGGGACAGUUUAUGUGCCCUGAUCCAAAUUAUGAUUUAAUUGAUCCCAAAACACAACAAAUUCGUGGUUGUCAACCAAAUAAUAAAGCAAAAGUUCAAUGCUUAGCCAUUGAGGAAAUUACAUGUAAAGAAACGAAUAAAUCCACUUUCUUCAAAGAAAUGCCCUGUAAAUGGACGAAUGGUUACUACUUCGAUACUGCUCUCCUACUUUCAAUAUUUUUUGGAAUGUUUGGAUUAGACAGGUUUUAUCUUGGUUAUCCUGCUAUUGGUUUAGCUAAAUUAUGUACCCUAGGUUUCAUGUUUCUGGGUCAGUUGGUAGAUAUAAUACUAAUUUCAACACAAGUAGUUGGACCAGCAGAUGGCUCUGCCUACAUUACCCCAUAUUAUGGUCCUACUGUUCAAGUUGUGACAUUCAGUAACACUACUUUUCGGUUAAAACAAGACGAUUGGUGAUUUUUGAUUGAGAAUAAUAACAGGAAAAUAAUUGGAUGAUGAAACAAAGCAUCUUGGUGCAAGCCAGGCUGAUGUAGAAAUAUUCUGAAAUUGACUGAUUUGAUGAUUACCUACAUUAGGUAAUCCUCUAGGAGAAAGAAAUGGAGAAUUAUUGUAGCCUUAAGGCUUAAGUCAUUGAGAAAAUACAUUUACUAUAUUAGUGAAUAAUUAUAAUUAUUAAUUUAUUCAACUUGUAUUAUAUUAGUUUGUAUAUGCUCAUUGUAAUUUUAACAAACUUAAUUAAAUUGAACUAAAGAUAUAGUUCAAUUUAAAAAUUAUUUUGGUUGAUCAAAAAUUACAUUAUCAGGAGCAUAAUAUAUUAUUUUAUAGAUAUGGACUACAAUUGUAAAAAAUUCAAUUCACAGUAAAUUGUAUAUACACUUA